GGAGAAUCGGGGGCCCCACGCUCGCUCAUCUGCGCCCCACACCCCUCAGGUGCGGGCCCUGUGCGCGCCCACCGUGCGGAUGCGGCGGCCCGGGAGUGUGCAGGAGCGGGUGCGCGCGCUGCGCCGGGCCGGGGGCGGCUGCCUGCAGGUCGUGUCCGACUUCGACAUGACCCUGAGCAGAUUCUCGCACGGUGGGAAGCGCUGUCCCUCUUCCUACAAUAUUCUGGAUAACAGCAAGGUGGUCAGCGAGGAGUGUCGCAGACAGCUCACCGCGCUCUUUGACCACUAUUACCCCAUCGAGAUCGACCCACAGCGGGCUGUGGAGGAGAAGCUCCCCCACAUGGUGGAGUGGUGGACCAGGGCACACGAGCUGCUGUGUGGACAGAAGAUUCCACGGCUGCAGAUCCCUGACGUGGUGCGGGAGUCGGGAGCCAUGCUCAGGGAGGGCUAUGAGACCUUCUUUGACACGCUGUACCAGCACGACGUCCCGCUGUUCAUCUUCUCCGCCGGUGUGGGUGACAUCCUAGAGGAAGUGAUCCGGCAGCGGGACGUACUGCACCCCAACAUCCACAUUGUGUCCAACUACAUGGACUUCAGUGAUGAUGGCCUCCUGCAGGGGUUCAAGGCCCCGCUCAUCCACAUCUUCAACAAGAACAGCUCCGCGGGCGGCAGUGCCAGCUACUUCCGGCAGCUCCAGGGCAGAACCAACAUCUUGCUCCUCGGGGACUCUCUGGGGGACCUCAGCAUGGCAGACGGGGUUCCAGGGGUACAAGACAUCCUCAAGAUCGGCUUCCUCAAUGACAAGGUGGAGGGGCGCCGUGAGCGCUACCUGGAUGCCUACGACAUCGUGCUGGAGAGCGACGAGACGCUGGACGUGGUCAACGGACUCCUGCAGCACGUCCUGUCCCCAGGGGACUGAGGAGGCACGGGGCUCCUGAGCCUUCACAGACUGUCCCCGGGGUAGAGCCCAGGGACCCCUCCUCCUCCCACAUGUCCACCCCCGUGAUCUCUGCCCAUUGGCAUCCUGUGGCUGCCUAGUCCAGGGAUUUUUUUUUUUUUUUUUUUUAUAAAAAGCUG